UUUGAGCACAUGAGCUUACAGAAUGCAGUCGCAAACUUUGAAAAGUGAGCAAGAGUCCAAACGGAAAUUGACGCAGGAAAUCUCAAAAUGAAAAGAAGAAAACUCCUGCAAGGCAGACUGAUGCUGGAUAUUGAGAUCACAAUGCCCAAUCUUACCUCCACAUCUGACUUUCUGCUCUUGGAAUUCUCUGACAUCCGAGAUCUACAGAUCUUUCACUUCUUUGCUUUCUUCACAGUAUACUUAACUGCAGUGAGUGGCAAUCUUUUGAUCAUCCUUGCUGUGGCCCUGGAUCCCCAUCUGCACAGCCCCAUGUACUUCUUUCUCAUGAACCUGGCCGUUCUGGACCUUGGCUCAGUUUCUGUCAUGGUACCCAAAGCCAUGGCCAACUCUCUCCUGAACAGCUGGUCAAUUUCUUAUUCAGGAUGUGUAGCUCAAGUUUUCUUCCUCUUCUUUUUUGUGGGGUCAGAUUUUUUCAUCUUGACAAUAAUGGCACAUGAUCGGUAUGUGGCUAUCUGCAACCCACUGCAGUAUGAGACCAUUAUGCACAGAGGUGCCUGUGUUCAGAUGGCGGUCAGUGCAUGGAUUGCUGGUAUACUCUAUGGUGUGUUACACAGUGGAGGAACUUUUAGUAUUACCUUCUGUUCCAACAUGAUUGAUCAGUUCUUCUGUGAAGUCCCACAGAUUAUAAAACUUGCCUGUUCAGACAUGUAUCUAGUGGAAAUUGAUAUCCUUUUGUUUACCUGUUUCAUUGGGCUAGGAUGCUUCAUCUUCAUCGUUGUCACCUAUGUGCAGAUUUUUGUAGCCGUGCUCAAAAUCCCUUCUGUGCAUGGUCAGAAAAAGGCCAUCUCCACAUGCCUUCCCCAUCUCACUGUGGUGUCUUUGCUUAUGUUUAGUGGAAUCUUUGCCUAUUUGAGGCCUCACAGUUACUCUUCAUCUGACCUGAAUGUUCUUUUUGCAAUAAUUUAUGCCGUGGUCCCUCCCUUGUUGAAUCCAUUCAUUUAUAGCAUGAGAAACAAAGAAAUCAAGACUGCAUUGUUGAAGCUCUUUGAUUUGGGCAAUAUUCUAAAAUAA